UAUAAACCAGAUACUUGGCAGUCAAUGAAGGAACAUCACUGUAGGAGCUGGAGAGUGGAACUGCUGCAUCAAAAGAACACUCAUUCAGCCAUGAUUUUCAACAGCUUUCUCCUUUGGUUCCAAUUUCUGAUCCUCUAUGUCUCCUGUGAUUCUGGUCCCCUGGAAGAUGUAGUCAUAGACCGGUAUGAAAUCCCCAAAAUCUGCCCCCGAGAGGUGCAGAUGGGCGACUUUGUCAGAUACCACUACAACGGUACCUUAAAGGAUGGCCAGAAGUUUGAUGCAAGCUAUGAUAGGGGAAUUGCUGUGGCUGGAUUUGUGGGAGUGGGACGUCUGAUCACUGGGUUGGACAGAGGCAUUCUGGGUAUGUGUGUGAACGAACGGAGGAAACUAAUUGUGCCACCACACCUGGGAUAUGGCAGCAUAGGAGUACCCGGAAUGAUUCCUGCUGACGCCACUCUGUACUUUGAUAUAAUUCUCGUGGAUAUUUGGAACAAGAAAGACGAGGUGCAAAUUACAACCAUUGAGAAACCCAGUGGGUGCAACAGGACAGUACAGGACUCAGAUUUUGUGAGAUACCAUUACAAUGGAACCCUGCUGGAUGGGACCUAUUUUGACUCCAGCUACAGCCGUUCUAGUACAUAUGACACAUACGUAGGAUCCGGCUGGCUUAUUAAAGGCAUGGAUCAAGGUCUUUUAGGCAUGUGUGCUGGAGAGAAGAGGAAGAUCACUAUCCCACCCUAUCUGGCUUAUGGAGAGAAGGGUUAUGGUACUGUGAUUCCUCCACAUUCUUCUCUGGUGUUUGAUGUCCUGUUAAUAGACUUUCAUAACCCCAAGGAUGGGAUCAAAAUAGAUAACCAGGUCAUUCCCCAGUCAUGUAAGCGUAAGGCAGUAACUGGAGACUAUGUGCGUUACCACUACAAUGGAACCCUCUUGGAUGGAGCUUUGUUUGAUUCCAGCUAUAAAAGGAACAGCACAUACAACACCUACAUCGGCAUGGGUUAUGUUAUACCAGGAAUGGACGCUGGACUGCAGGGGGUUUGUGUAGGAGAAAGGAGAAGAAUCAUCAUACCCCCACACCUAGGUUAUGGGGAAAAUGGCAUCGCAAACAGUAUUCCUGGAUCAGCAGUCUUGGUUUUUGAUGUCCAUAUCAUUGAUUUUCACAACCCUAAGGACGCUGUAGAGAUUGAGGUGACGCACAAACCAGAAGUGUGCAACGUGACAACCAAAAAAGGGGAUUUUAUUAAGUAUCAUUACAACUGUUCCCUUCUGGAUGGGACCCAUCUUUUCUCAUCGAAUGACUAUCAGAAUGCUCAACAAGUGACUCUCGGAAAUAAUAAAAUUAUUGAAGGACUGGAUAUUGGUCUGCAGGGAAUGUGUGUUGGGGAAAGGAGGACAAUAUUUGUGCCACCCCAUCUGGGACAUGGAGAAAGUGGAGCUCGUGAUGUCCCUUCAAGCGCAGUGAUUAGAUUCGACCUAGAGCUUAUCCAUGUGGAGGAGGGUGUACCAGAAGGGUAUUUGUUUAUCUGGCUGGGAGACACCCCUGAAAACCUAUUUGAAACUAUGGACCUUGACAAGAAUGGAGAAGUUCCUGCAGAAGAGUUUUCAACCUUUCUGAAGGCCCAGGUCGAUGAGGGAAAAGGACGCUUUUUGCCUGGAGUGGACAGAGAAAAAUCUAUUACCGAAAUGUUUGACAAUCAAGAUCGUAACAAGGAUGGGAAGAUCACUGCGGAGGAGCUCAAGUUGAAGACCGAGGAGGAGCGAGUCCAUGAGGAGCUCUAGUGGACACAGGAAUGGACUGCGGCAUGAACUUUUGUUCAGGCCUUGUUAAGAGUGCCAAUUCUUUCAGGCUUUACAACCCACACAAACACUACCUUAUUGUAUAUGGAGCUUUGGGCUGUGGCUUGUGUGGUUGCUUAAUACAGUAACGGCCACACAUUAUGCAGCAAAUUGAAACCAAAAUAUUGUGGGCUCCUAUGGUUUUAGAUGGGUUGACAGCCUAAUUAUUCAAAAUUACAGUGGUGGUAUUUACCCAUUAUGUGCUAAGACUAUCUGCCUCUCCAGUGCACUGAAUUAGCCAGUGGCAAACCAGGAGUAGGUAAACCACCAAGAUUCUUAGACUGUAAAUGCAAGAUUAUGUACCUGUCUGAGGUGUUAAUUAUUCUAUAUUUUACACUUUCAAAUUAGGAAAUAAAAAGGCAUCAUCUACACCUCCUCACCCUGACUUUUGGAACAGGGUAGCAAUUGCAGUAAUCUUCAAUGGUGCAGCUAGCAUCCAGAAAAACAAAAGGAAAAUAACUUGCUUAUUCCUGUUGACUAAAGAGAAAUAGUAUCUAGUUGUAUGAUUAUGCUUGUUUUAUACACCAGAAGUGUAAAAAAAAUAUACACUAUAUAAUCUUGCAAUUGUGCUGUCAGAGAUAGUCACUCUUUGAUGGCUAAAAGACUUAGUGCUUCAGAAAUUGUGUUAAAAUCCUUUUAAAUGGCUGCACUCCAGAGCCCUAUUCAUAGUCAAUUGCUGCAGGUAGCAAACUAAUGUUGCACAUUUUUCAAUUUUUAGUAUUUUUUUUUUUUAUUUUGUAGUACAUAGAAUAGUUAAUGAAUCCUCUUUAUUUAAGGCACACGUGUCAGUUUAACACACUAGUUUAAAGCGUAUGGAAGCAUGAUGUGGCAGGAAAGAACCAAAGAAUGUCCAACUUUAUCCCCAAAUCAUAAAUUAAGCCCACUCCAAGGAGGGGGCGUGUCCCUCAGGUGAGCAUUAACAAACAUAUCCCAGGUUGGUCAAAAAGAGGAUGUAAAUUUUUCUUGUGCUUUUUUUGUUUUGUUUUUGUAAUGAUGGAAAUUUGAAUUUAAUAAAGAAACAUUUUUUGGUGCUA